GGCGUUGUUGGUGCAGCGAAGAUCAGCCCCACGAAUACGCACGCGUGGGUUGGAUCGGAAACCUCGCCGUCGGGGUUUGUGGACAUGGGUGGUCGCCGCGAGAAGAACCGUGUGCGCGACAAGGAAAAGAAGGAGAAGAAGAAGACGAGAAGUACCAAGGCAAGCCUAGCUGCUCGUGUUGGUCGUGAUGAUGAUGCUGGCCCAGUCGGCGACCUAGCAAAGAAAGCAGUGCCGCCGCUCGUGCAACUUAUGAAACUUGUAUUUUUCUCGGCUCCCGGGGGUCGCACUUUUUAUCGAAAGGCUAUAGUCCGGAAGAAGUUGCCAAGUAGCAGCACCUUACCAAUCCGACCACGAAGAUUGUUGGAUUUUCACGAGAGUUGUUGCUACCUUUGCAAGUCAGUUUUCUUCAUGUCGUGCGUGGAAUGAUGCAUGGACGCAAGAUGAAUGCAAAUGGCGGUCCGUGGAGUCUGGUGUAAGUAAGCAUUUACUCAUUACUGUUGUAGUAGCCGACGCGCCGCGGCCUCUUGUGCUUCGUGGCGGUUAUUUUCAUUUGAAAUGGCCAGGCCUAGUCUUAGAAUAUCAAUAUGGCUCGUUCGUGGGACCGAGAAAUAUCAAAUGCGAAUUUGUCUGGCUCCGGGUCUGGAACAAUUUUGCAAACUUGUCAGGAUCGGCUGGAACGCCCUGUAGACCCUGUGGCACGUAGCUGCUCGACUUUUUCGCCAGAGUAACGCUUCUCUGUGAGGCUGCGUCGCACCAUGUUGCUGAAAAGCGUCUCGACUUUUUUGCGCAAAUGCAACCAGGCAUGCGCAUACGUAGCAGACAGCCGGCUUAAAGCUUCUCAUGUCUGGGUGUGUAUUGCAUAUGUCCUGAUCAUGUAGACACUAUCUAGCAUCAUGACUUUCCAGACCUUCACCGGGGCAGAUUUGCAAGUGAUGCGAGAAAUUAUAUCAUGAUAGUCAAGGUUGCUGCAGUGCCAGGUGAUGUGACGAAGGCUGACGCUCAAGGCCAUGCAAUGGCCGGCCAGAUUCAGGACGUCGGGGAUGAAGCUGUUGGGGGUGCGAAAACUGCCUUCUGGGUCGCGUGCGAAUUUUUCAAGCAGCACUGGGUAUGUGAAUAAAAGCAAAACGGUAGCGCGAACCUGUCCUUCAGGUAAACAACAUAUAUUGGACGCCCAGUCUUUAUUUACAAUUUUCGGUUGAAAAGUAUAAGUUCCCAUCGACGCAGAUCCACAUUGUCCCAAAAAAUACUUAGCAAUCUCCCCGUUCAUCGCAUGUGCUCUGUUCUAGCUCCACCAGCCUCUUAGCCAACCUUUUAUCAUUUUAUCAGAUCGCAAACCGAACUCUUUGCCCGAAGCACUCCCGCAUGCCAAUGCUAGUACGUUGAAAAAUGCCUCGCACCAGACAAGAUUGAAAACUACCCAAAUAUCGUGCUGUGAACAGGCAAGUCAAUGUGAAUCCAUGCAUAGCCAGGAGCUGCGCAACCAGCCGGAAAUACCUGUCCGAUAUGCGUGACAAAUAUGUCUGGGUCCGGAAUAAUGCCACAUUUGUGAUGCUCGGCCACCAAGACGGCGCUGUAAUUUACUGCAUGACACGGAAUAGCCAGAUCGCUAGUCUGCUUGUACGGUAAUGAAAGAUUGGGGCUUACAUAUGUUUUUUAGUGAGUGCGUCUGUUAGAGUUACUAUACUUACAGAUGGACGCGGGCCGCGGAUAUCGGCCUUUCAAAAACUUGAAGUGCACACUCGCGUACCGGAUUUUCUGUGUCACUUGCGCGGCUGCAUCACAAAUGUCGUGUCACUUGCUAGCUCGAGCCAGACAUAUUUGCAGUUGAUACGCGACCCUAAAACCCCAGUUCGAAUCCCAGUAGACCCAAAAUAAUUAUAUCCCCUGAAAGCUAAAAUUUUGCCCUAAGAACCCAAAUAGAAGUAAGGCCGAGAGGACGCUGCAGGUCCCUGCGGAAGGAGAGAAAGCCCUGAUGCCCCUUAUUGUCUGCAGCACAUAGAGCCCGAUACAGGCUUUCAUUGUCUGCAGCACUUGGAUUUACCUCCCGUAGUUGACCACGCAAGCGCAC